GUGGAGAGGACGUUUGUUUUCUCUCAAAACCCGUUUGUUUCUGGCAGCGGGCGGAACUACUAACCUGUUGCUCUGCCACAAACGCGGUCGCACCUUGUUCCACUCGAAGUUUUAACCACAGUCGCGGAAACAGUACCGCGGUAGGCAGGGAGUGAAAGUUGCAGCAGGAGUGGGUCGCUGCUGAAACGUUGCAUUCAAGAACAUGUGAGCUCGGGGGUAUCGUGGCGAUUAGCGGCGGCGAAGGUCAGCCGCCUCCCACUCAGCUCUCACUCUCACUGAACUUUUGCUGCGCUCGUCUGAAAUCCCCACACUUUUCGAACCUGCUGGAGUUCCGCAGAGAGGCGACUGACAGUCGACAACUCGCCGGCGCCUUCUUCGCCAAAGGUCAGUGUGCUCAGACAGCGUUAUUGCAUCUCUGGGUAGCCUGCAGAAAGGAAGACGGGCUGACUCCUACCAAGUGGCGUUUUUCAGGAAAGCGAGAUUGCAUAACUAACCAUGGGAGAUGUUAAGAUUGCGCAAACUACCACUUGUAUUUCCAAAACAACUCUAACGUUGGAAAGGCCUCAAGUGGACAGCUACCCACCCGAAGUGCCCGUAUUCACAUUGCCUCCAAGAAAUGUUCGGAUUCCCAUCGGUGGAACAGCCAGAUUUGAUGGAAAGGUCAGGGGGCAUCCAGAACCUCUCAUCACAUGGUAUAAGAAUGGGCAACUUGUCCCAAAGGAUGAUCGGUAUAUUACUGAACAAAGCUCACGUGGAACUUUUAGCUUAGUCAUUAAGGAAGUGCAGAAAGAAGAUGCUGGGAAGUUUACCUGUGAAACUGCCAAUGUCGCUGGGGUUCGACAAGUCUCUGUGGAGUUAACUGUGAAUGAGGAAGCUGGCAGGAAAUACGGAUGGCCUUCCAACAGCUCCAGCAGUCGAUAUUCUGCACCAUCAAUUGAAAACAGACCCAGUAUCUGGGGUGAAAGCCCUCCAAAAUUUGUCACAAAGCCAACACGACUGAUUGUCAAAGAAGGACAGAAUGGCAAAUUCUCCUGUAAGAUAACAGGACGGCCUCAACCUCAAGUAACCUGGCUGAAGAAUGAUGUGAAACUGCAGCAAAGUGAUCAUUUCAACAUGUUUGAGAAGUCUGGGAUGCACUUUUUGGAGAUCUGCGCUGCACAGGCAGAGGAUGCUGGGAGCUAUGUGUGCUUAGUGAUGAAUAAUUCGGGGAAAGCAAUGGCCACUGUUGAUCUCAUAAUUCAAAGUAAAGACUCAACAGAUAAACUUGCGUCAGUCUAUCCAGGAAGCAAAGGAGCUGAAACAGUUGAAAUUCUGGAAACUAAAUGUGCAACCACAAAUGGCAUCCAAGUGCAAAAGAUGGCAAACACAAUCGCUGUUCAACCUACUGAAAGCUUAAACAUGGCAAAAAGCACAACAGCAGCUUUCGAGAAGCAGAACCUUGAGACUAAAGAGAGAAUGGACAAAAAGCAGGAAAACCAGUCUUACCCAGACUUAAAGUCAGAAGAAAAAUAUGACAAGCUACACCAAAAAGCAACAAAUACCAUAACACUUCAGGAGCCACAAGAAGAAAGAAAGAAAUUUUCCAUCGAACAGAAAGCCCAGAGCACUAUGAUAACCCCCAAACAACAGCCAUCCCAAAAUAUUACAAUAGUCUCCAAACAUCAGACAUCCCAAAGCCUUAGAACAACUCCUAAACAACAUAUGUCCCAAAUAAUCACAACACCCAAACAACAGUCAUCCCAAAGUCAUUUAACAAGUUCUAACCAGCCAAUGUCCAAAAGCACUACAACAGUCUCCAAAGAACAGAUGCCCCAAAGCAUCUCAACAGCUCCCAUCCAACAGAAAACUCAAUGGACCAUAACAGGGACCACCCAACAGAAGUCCCAAAGUUUUACAGCAACCCAAGAUCACCAGAAAUCUAAGAGUAGUACAUUGCUGCAGUCGUGCAAGAUAGAGGAGCAGCCAAUCACCAAGACAAAAGAUGUUCCAGGAAGGCAGAUAGAAGAGUAUAAGAAAGUUGCCUCACAGAUGAAUGUAGAGGGUUGCAGAACCAUGCAGCAUUCACAGAGGGGGACUGGGAAACCUUCCCAGCAAGAGGAAAGCAAGAAAAUCACAGAUCAAAAAACAAUAACUGGAGAAUCACCCCCAGACUUCCUUAUUUGUCCUCAAAACCAGACCACUCUAGAGGGUGAAGAAUUGAAGUUCAGAUGCAAAAUUACAGGAAGCCCAAAACCAGAAGUAAAGUGGGCUAAAAAUGGAGUUUUACUUCAAGGAAGACCGGGUGUUAAAAUAUAUGAAGAGGAUAGAGUUCAACAUCUUUGUUUUAACAAUAUCAGUGUGUCAGACAGUGGUUCCUACAGCUGCACAGCAUCAAACAGCAGAGGCCAAGUUUCAAGGUGCUGGACUUUGAGUGUAAAAGGCUCUAAGGCCAAGGAGACGCCACCAGUUUUCACAAGCAAACUGAAAGAAUGCACCGUGAGUGAAGGCCAAGAUUUUGUGCUGGAGUGCUCCGUGGAUGGCAAGCCUCAGCCUCGGAUUACUUGGCUUGUCAAUGAUAAACCCAUCCAGUAUGCGCACAACACAUUUGAAGACGGCAUAGCAAAAUUAUCUGUACAAGAUGCUCUGCCAGAAGAUGAUGCCGUUUAUACGUGUGUAGCAGAGAACAAAUUUGGAAGGGUAUCUUGCUCUGCUAAAGUGACAGUAAAAGAGAGAAAGAUCACCACAAAGGCAGAGAGUGCAAUUCUUGAGGAGUCCAAGAAGACUUUUGCCCCAGUCUUUCUGAAGGAGCUGACUGACCUGCAAGUCAUGGAUGGGAGCCAAGUGAGAAUGUCAGUGGAAGUGACAGCCAAUCCACCCCCUGAAGUUAUCUGGCUUCAUAAUGGGAAAGAAAUUCAGGAAUCAGAAGACUUCCAGUUUGAGAAGAUUGGAAAUGAAUACAAUCUUUUUAUUCAGGAAGUUUUUCCUGAAGAUACUGGAAAAUACACGUGUGAGGUCUGGAAUGAUAUUGGGGAAGUACGGACUCAGGCAAUGCUAACUGUACAAGAGCCUCAGGAUGGGACACAGCCCUGGUUUAUCAGCAAGCCAAAAGCUGUGACUUCAUCUUUAGGUGAACAUGUCCUCAUUUCUUGUGCCAUUGCUGGAGAUCCAUUUCCAACUGUGCAAUGGAUGAAGGAUGGGAAAGAGGUUGUAAUUGAUGAAGGCUGCAAAGUCCUCCAGAAUGAUGAUGUGUUUACACUGUUCAUCAAGAACGUCCAAUUUCACCAUGCAGGUCUAUAUGAAAUACUGCUCAAGAACCAGGUUGGCAAGUGCAGCUGCCAUGUGUCCCUAGUGGUUAAAGAAUGCUCCCUUUCCCGAGAAGACUCCAAGGAAGAUAAGGUACAAUUGAAUGUCAGCGUCUGUGAAGAGGUGGAAGGUUGCGGUGAUGGCAUAGAGGAUUUUGAUAAACCUGAUAGUGCCAAGAAGAGCAUUGCAGAAACUAAGGCAAGCACUAACAACGAGAAAGCAUUCCGUGGAGUACUUCGGAGAAAAGUUGAAACCAAAGAGCAGUCUGCAGAACAACUCAAACAGCAAGAGGCUGAGCAGAAAGACUUCCGCUGUGUCCUGGGAAAAAAAGUUGUCACCAAGAGCUUUUCUGAAGAGGAACUGAAGGAACGGUCAGCAGAACAGAUGAACUUCCGAGACUCUCUGUCCAGACAUGUUAAAACAACUAAUUCAUUUGAAGAAGAAAAGAAAAUUUCAAGCCCCCAACAGGUAGAUUUCCGGGCAGUCUUGGGUAAAAAGAACAUUUCCAAAAUAUCGCCACAAGAAGUGAUCACACCAAAGCAAGCACAGCCAGACUUCAGGAGUGUUCUGGGCUCAAAGAAGAAAGCUUCUACUGAAAAAGGAACAAAUAAUGAUUCUGACAGCAUUCAGUCUGUAAAAGUGGACUUAAAUGAUGGUGGUGAUUGUAAAGAUGGAUGUUCAUUUGUUGACGGUGGGCUAAUUGAGGAGAAAUCUGAAAGCACAGGCAAUGCACCUGUCUUUAAGGAAACAUUAAAGGAUGCUCAGGUAACAGAUGGUGAACGUUUAUUGUUACAAUGCCAAGUAGUGGCCAAACCACCCCCAGUGGUCACCUGGACUAUAAAUGGAAAAGCCAUCAAGUCAUCCAAGUUCAUUACUAUAUCUCAAGAAGGAUCACUUUGUACACUUACAAUUGAGGAGAUUCUGCCUGAAGAUGAAGGCCAGUACAGAUGCAUAGCUGAGAAUUCUGCAGGGAAAAUGGAAUGUACUUGCUCGGUUACUGUGGUUGAUCCAAAUACUCCUAAACCCACUGAGAAAAAGUCAAAGAAGACAAAGUCCAUUCCUAGUCCCACUUCAGAAACAGAUUGUGUUGAAGCCACCAUUAAAAAGAAACCGACUCCCAAAACUCCUCCCAAACCAGCUAUUCCACCACAGAUACUUCAGUGUCCUGGAAGCAUGAAAGUCCGUGCUGGAGAAUCUGCAGAACUGUUUUGUAAGCUUGCUGGAACACCACCACUCAGCUACACAUGGCUAAAAUUUAGAAAACAGAUUAAAGAAAGUGAUCACGUAAAAAUAGAAAAUACCGACAGUAGCAGUAAACUAAUCAUCUCUUCAACCAAGCAUGAUGACUGUGGCUGUUACAAUUUACUGGCAGAAAAUAAGAUAGGAAGCAAACAAGUUCAAGUUAACCUCACAAUUGUAGAUAGACCAGAACCACCUGCUGGAAAACCAUGCUCUUCCGAUAUCCGCAGCUCUACUCUGACACUGUCAUGGUAUGGCCCCACGUAUGAUGGUGGCAGUAUCGUUCAGUCCUAUGAUGUGGAAACUUGGAAUUCAGAAGAGAAGCAAUGGACACAUCUGACCACCUGUCGCAGCACAUCCUGCAGUGUGCGUGAUCUAAGUCCUGAUAAAGAGUACAAAUUCCGAGUCCGAGCUGUUAACGUUUACGGCACUAGUGAGCCAAGUCAGGAAUCCGAUUUGGUCAAAGUGGGAGUAACAGAAGAACACAAAGAUGAAGUUGAUCUUUCAGAUGAUGAUGAGAAAGAAGGUGAACCGGAUUAUCGGGAUGUAACAAUCAAGACAAAUGAGAAGGUUGCAGAAUAUUAUGACAUACUGGAAAAAAUAGGAACGGGAAAAUUUGGACAAGUUUUCAAACUUGUUGAAAAGAAAACUAAAAAAGUUUGGGCAGGGAAGUUUUUCAAAGCUUUUUCUGCGAAGGAUAAAGAAAACGUGAGACAGGAGAUCAGUAUUAUGAAUUGCCUACACCAUCCAAAGCUUGUUCAAUGUGUUGAUGCUUUUGAAUCGAGGUCGGACAUCGUUAUGGUUCUGGAACUAGUUUCAGGAGGGGAGCUUUUUGAAAGAAUAAUCGAUGAGGAUUUCGAGCUGACUGAGAGGGAAUGCAUCAAAUACAUGCUACAAAUUAACGAAGGGGUGCAGUAUAUCCACAAGCAGGAAAUUGUGCAUCUGGAUUUAAAGCCAGAAAACAUCAUGUGCGUCAACAAAACAGGAGCAAGGAUUAAGCUCAUUGAUUUUGGACUUGCUCGAAGAUUAGAAAGUACAUCCUCUCUCAAAGUCCUAUUUGGAACUCCUGAAUUUGUGGCUCCGGAAGUUAUCAAUUAUGAGCCAAUUGGGUAUGCAACAGACAUGUGGAGCAUAGGAGUUAUCUGCUAUAUCUUGGUCAGUGGACUUUCUCCUUUCAUGGGAGAUAAUGAUAAUGAAACCCUGGCCAAUGUAACUUCAGCUACCUGGGAUUUUGAUGAUGAAGCUUUUGAUGAAAUUUCAGAUGAUGCCAAAGACUUCAUUCGUGGGCUACUGAAAAAAGACAUGAAACAGCGCUUGAACUGUAAUCAAUGUCUUGAGCACAAGUGGCUGAAAAAAGAUGUUAAAAACAUGGCGGUGAAGAAACUUUCAAAGGAAAGAAUGAAGAAGUACAUGGCCAGGAGGAAAUGGCAGAAAACGGGCCAUGCAGUCAGAGCAAUUGGCCGACUGUCCUCGAUGGCAAUGCUUGCUGGUCUAAGUGGAAAGAAAACUUCACUGGGAACUUCACCCACCAGUCCUCUGGCUCCUGUUGAAAAGCAAGAAGCUGAAGCUGAUAAUGCAAACGUGCUUCUUGAAGCAGUUUCUGAAGAAAGGCAAAACUUCAAGCCAUAUUUCUCCAAGACCUUUCAAGAUGUCGAAGUUAUAGAAAGCAGUGCAGCUCGAUUUGACUGCAAGAUCGAGGGUUAUCCUGAUCCAGAAGUUAUCUGGUUUAAGGACGAACAACCCAUCAAAGAAUCUCGUCACUACCAGAUUGAAUAUGAUGAAGAUGGAAACUGCUCUUUGCUUGUUUCUGAUGUAUCUGCACGUGAUGAUGGCAAAUAUACUUGCAAGGCCAUCAACAGCUUAGGAGAGGCAACCUGGACAGCUGAACUCAUUGUGGAAAUGAUGGAGGAAGACAAGAUGAGUAACACUUAAUCAAAGUAAAAGUGUUGCUUGUAGGGAUGCGCUUGUUGUCUGAUGUUAGAUGCUACACUGUUAAAAACAAUGUAAAGGAGCGUAAGGGUUUGAUUAUGCAAAGCUCUUCCUUAAUUCCGAAGGCAUGGAAGUUGUUUAUGGAUAUAUUUAUAUAUGCACUCUAUACCUAAGAAAUUGUGGGAGACUAUUGCAAUCAUACCCAGAAACAUAAGAUUAGAACCCACGUGCUCACCUAAUGACCGAUAUAUCCCAAUUUGAAUACCACAGCAAACAUAUUAUAUACUCGUGGUUCCGUUUCACCCACAUUUACCAAAUACCAGCAAUAAUCACUUGUGUUUUCAGAGGAAUUUAUAAAUUCCUUGAACCUGGUUUCUAAAAUUUGCCAACUUAAUCUUUUGGCGCUUCGACUCAGUUCUUUGUGCAUCCCUAGCUGCAUGUACAGAUGUUAUGAGAAGCCAUUUGGUGACUCCUAGUUAAUGAAUUUCAUCCACCUUCUUGAUUUGCAGAUGUAUGAAACUCUCUGUGAUCUUAAGAUAUUUUAAACACAAUUUUGUUUACAUUACACUGCACCUUUCACACAUUUUUAAAGUUUUCACAUUGCUUUUUAUGUGUCACUUUGGUUUAUGGUUUUUGACAAUAAUUCAGUUCAUGCUUUUACUGGUUUUAUGGCACAGAUCUCAGAAGCGAGUUGAAUACCAGGAUUUCUGUUCACCAAGUAUCCAUUCAUUUCUGUUACUACAAAACACAAAAAUACAGCCCUAGAUUAUUACAUUAUAAAAGACAAAGGAUGCAAUCUUCACAGGAAAGUGACUUCGGUUGCUAAACCCUGCUGUUUGAAAAUUCAGCAGAAAAUUAUUCUAAAUAUUGGUGUACUACUUGACAAAGCAUAUUUUGAAUGUGAAACUAGAAGACCUCAACAUCAACUUGAUUCUUAUAAACUUAAUAUAAAGAUAAUGCCAUAAGACAUCACAAACUAUUAUUUCAAAGUACUCAAUAAUUACAAACAAAUUCUGCUUGAGAGAAUAAAAUGACAUAACUCAUUUUCAAAUGAAUCUAGGUCCACAGUAAAAAUGAAUGUUACCUGAUGAAGUUUUUGUUGGUACAUUAAAAAGGAGCUGCUCUCAAGCUAAAAUGCCCUAACUCUCUUUGGGUUUCACCCAUGGCGUGGAGCCUGUCUGGUAAUUAGCACAGAUUAGUAAACCCAGCCCUGACUUUGCCUAUCUCCCAUCUGGUUUGAUAAUUCAGUGACAAUUGGAUCUCAUUUCAAUUUUUUCCCAUUUUUAUACCUUCUCUAUUAUUUAGUGUUAAAAGUUUUUAUGAAUUUUACAAUUUAGUUCUUCUCUUGCCGGUGUUUUCCUGCACCGUUUUAGGUUCUGCUGAAUUUUAGCUUGGACCAGCCAAACUGGGAAGGUAUUCCUUUGCAUAUUUGCAUAUUCCAAAUAUAACAAAUUCUAUUGGGAAAAUUGAGAUUUAAAGGGAGAUUUCAAAAAGUGAAGCAGUAGAUAUUGCUGAGGUAUUUUCACCCGGCACUGACUCCAGGACCCUCCCUGCACUUACCUGGAUUUUUCAGAGGGAGGUCUCAUUAUGUUUUCUCUUGUGUUCAAGAACACCUGGCCCAUUGCUUGUUAUAAGUUAACAUGUCAGCAACAUUUGCAACAGAAGUAGCUCUUUUUAACUUGUAAGGGAGUUAUUUAAUUGAAUGCCAAAUGAUAAUUUAGAGAUCUAUAACUUCAAUUAAAAUAAAGUAAGAACACAAAAUAUAAUGUGAAUCAUUGUUAGCCACUGUUUCUGCAAAUAGCCUCAUCAAAAACAGUUAGCUUUCAGCUAUUGAUUUUGGACAUCCUUGCACUAAUGCUUUUCAUUGCAUUCAAUAAUGCACAACACGUGACCUGAGCACCUGAGCACAAACAUGAGCAACUAGUUGCUGGCCAGUUCAUGAAGGGAAGAAGUGGGAACUCUUUGAGAUUAAGAUGGCUGCAUGAUAUACCACCUAAUCCUCCAGAAGCCUACAGAUUUCUGAGUAAUUGGAAGAUCUUUGAAUGGUAAAAUUGGUUGAUAAUCUAAUAUUGUAUUUAUUUUCUACUUCACUGGAGAUGCACAGACACAGCAGGAGUCUGGCUUUUUAAGCAAUGCAGAGCAUUUGGUACCUUACUCACAUUACUAGUCUUUAGCUCUGAAUUCAAAAAGCGAGCUACUUGCUCUCAUAUUUUUGAAGAAUCUUAACGUGUUUGUGAUAAACAAGAUAUAUUUUAUACAUUUUACCAUGGUUCUACUAUUUUAUUUUAAUUCAAAUCUUUAUGACCAUAUUCACAAAGGAGUUAGAUGUAGUGUUCUUAGUGAUCUAAGAGAUCAAGGGAUAUGGAGAUAAGGUGGGAACAAGGUACUCAAUUUGGAUGAUCAGCUAUGAUCAUAUUGAAUGGUGAAGCAGGGCCAAAUAGCUUACACCUGCUUAUAAUUUCUAGGUUUCUGUAAGCAAAAGCAUGCACUUUACAAUGCGAGACAAAGGUGGAUAUAACAUAUAGAAAUAUUCUAUGAUCCACAAUCAACUCAACUAUAUACAAUUGCAGGACCAGGCUCUCUGCUUCAUCCGAUUUUUAAAAUAAAUAUUUUGGUUUGAUUAAGAAUUAGCCAUAUUGCAGCAGACCUGAUGCACCCUGAUUUAAAAAUACUGCAAUGUAGUCUGGCAUUAUCUUAAAUAUUACAAAUCAAAAAUUAGGUAUUCGUAAUUGUAAGUUGGCAGGCCUUUGUUUUAGAUUUGGCUGUAGUUUGCGGUAAUUCAGAACAUUUCCCCAAACCUUUCACAAACGUGUACCAGGCUUUAAAAUUGAACAACUGACCAAUUGAAUCGAACACUUAGUCUUCAUUUGCUGUCAUAUGAUUUAAUAAAUACAAUUAUGGAUUUAAAGAUGUAUGUGCUAUUUUAUCACCAUAAAGUUAAUUCAGUUAAAUGCAAAAACAAAUCAUUUUAACCAUAAACUAAAAUUGAAACAUACCUUGAAUUUGAUAAAAUACAUUUUACAUAAUAACCAAUGAUGUCGGUAUAGACAAUGUUAUAAUGUUUACGAUGCUAACAGCUACCAAAUGUUUGU